CUGAUCAGCUGGAAGAAUACUCUGCAUUUCUUCCAACUUUGAUUUUACUUUAUUAAACACUCAAGAGUAAAGCAAACUCAGAUUCAAGGUUUUUCCAGAAUGGAGUACAGACACGAUGCGGGCCUGGAGGAUCUGUGUCCGGUCUGUGGAGAUAAAGUCUCUGGGUACCACUACGGUCUGCUCACCUGCGAGAGCUGCAAGGGUUUUUUCAAGAGAACGGUUCAGAACAACAAGAAGUACAUCUGUGCAGAAAACCAGGAGUGCAGGAUUGAUAAAGCCCAAAGGAAACGGUGUCCGUUCUGCAGGUUUCAGAAGUGUCUUCAUGUCGGCAUGCGACUGGAAGCUGUUCGUGCAGAUCGGAUGCGAGGCGGCAGGAACAAGUUUGGCCCCAUGUACAAGCGUGAUCGUGCCCUCAAGCAGCAGAGGAAGGCUUUGAUUCAAGCAAAUGGAUUCAGAAUAGAGAGUAGCCCACUUCUGGUCUCCUCAACCCAUCAGAGAGACUUAACCUUCACUGGUGGCCUCCACCAAGUCCCAAUCCUUCACAGCGCCUCCCUACCUGCAGCACAGAAUGAUCGCAUCAGCUACCAGCCUCAGUCACUGCUCCUGCCCUCAUACUCACCGGCUGCCACCCAGUACCAGGGCACCUCCUUCUCAAACUGGACAAUCAAGUCUGAGCGCACCAACAACUGCGCAAGUUCACCAGGCCCCGCUGCAGGGGUCGGCUCAGACGAGCUGCAUUUGAGAGCUUUCUCUCCGCAAGGUCCCAGGAUGCCUCAGCUAGUGAUGGAGUUCCUGCGAUGCGAUCCAGAUGAGCUCCAGCUGCAGAGCAAGAUCACCGCCCGUCUCGUACAGGAGCAGACGGUCUGGGAGAAACACGGAAACCUCAGCACCUUCAGCCUGAUGUGCCUCAUGGCUGACCAGACGCUCUUCUCCAUCGUGGAGUGGGCACGCACAUCCAUCUUCUUCAAACAGCUGAAGGUGAGUGACCAGAUGAAGUUGCUGCACAGUUGCUGGAGUGAUCUAUUGCUCCUGGACAUCAUCUCCAGACAGGUCCUGUACGGCAAAGAGGGCAGUCUGCUUCUGGUCACCGGACAGGAGAUGGAGCUGUCAGACAUAACUUCUCAUGCUGGUCCUACCUUGGUCAGCCUAGUCCAGAGAGGACAGGAGCUGGUUGAGAAGCUCCACAUUCUAAAAGUGGACCGCCAAGAGUUUGCAUGCAUCAAGUUCCUCGUCCUCUUUAACUCAGAUGUGAACCAGCUUGAAGACCAUCAUUUCAUAGAGAGUGUUCAGGAGCAGGUUGAGGGAGCCCUGCUGGAGUACACACUGUGCAACUCUUCUCACCUCCUUGGGCGCUUUGCUCAUCUGCUGCUGUGUUUGUCAGAGUUACGUUCUCUCAGCAGCCUCGCCGAAGACUACCUGUACUGCAAACACCUGAGUGGUGAGGUUCCCUGCCACAACCUGCUCAUUGAAAUGCUCCAUGGCAAGCGCAGCUGGGCAUGAGGACGUAGAAGCAUUGAGCUGUGAUGAAUGUCUAAUACAAUGAGUACAAUUGUGCUUUAAGAAUAUAUACAAAAAAUAUAUUAUAAAUCGGAUAAUGUGACUUGUAGCUACUGAAACUAGUAACAUUUUACUUAUAUGCAAAUAUGUUUAUUUGCAUUUAAAGUCAUUAGCUGAUGAGAUUGAUAUCAGUUUAAUCUCUGUAUCAUUUUGUACAGAGAUAGGUGUGGAGAAAGAAAAUGGAAAAAACUGCUAGCCUUCAACUUAAGAGAAAAACAAAACCAAAGCUGUUUUAUAACAGUGUAAAAUGGUUCCAAAAUAUUAGCCAAGAAAGAUAGAAAGACCCUUUGGGUUGGUGGCUUGUAGAUAUUUAAUUGAUGAGUCUCAUUUCCAGCAUCAGUAUUUGACGACCUGGGAAUAAGACUAAACAAUCAACAAUCUUUCUUGGCUCUGAUUGGAUGUUUUCGUUCAGACCCGGUGGAUUCUUGCAAAUGCCAUUAGGAGCACUAGGAGGAGCCAAAGGGACCUGAUUUUUUCAGAUUGUCUGUCAGGAACUACUGUCAGCAUAUAGUAAAAGUUUCAGCAAAUAUGACAGAAAGUUAUUUUUAUAUAAGAGACCUACUGCAGCUUUAUGACAUGUCUGAAGGGGAGUUUUAAAAUCAAUUAUUAGUUUUUUGUAUAUAUUGAAAUACAUUGAGCUCCAGUAGGUUUUAUUUGUGUACAACCAUGAGCAGAGCUGUGCAGACUUUGAACAGAUGAUGUGAUGUCAUAUGAAAAAUGGUUAAAAGGUAACAUUUAGGUAAUGUUUUUGUGUGUGAGUGAGAGCCCUUAUGAGGUCAGAUUGUUAUUGUAAGUGACACAACCAUACAGAGAAAUGAAACCUGUAACUUUCAUUACUCUUUAAAAAUUCUCAUUGUGAUUUUCAAAUUAGUUGGGCCAUUCUCAGUGAAAAUUUGUCUUUGUGUUGCUUCAUCCUAUAUAUCUCUGUACCUGUAGUAGAUGGCAUCAGUGCAAAUAGUAUUCAGAUCCCACGCUGAGGGACUUUAAAACACAACACAAACUAAAAAAAAAGAAUGGUUGUUCUUUGCAGUUAUACACACAUUCCCAUUCUGUGUAUUAUACUGUUGUUGUUCAAUAAAGCUAUUUUGA